ACCUGGAAGGAGGUGGGGGGCGAGGUAGAAAGGAGUAGGGUUGAAAAGCGCUUGCGCAGGAGGCUACGGUACGGGGGUGGGAGGGCUUCGGAGCACGCGCGCAGAGGCGGGACUUGGGAAGCGCUCGCGAGAUCUUCAGGGGCUAUAUAUAAGCGCGGGGAGCCUGCGUCCUUUCCCUGGUGUGAUUCCGUCCUGGGCGGCUGUUAUUUGGAGCAGCGUUCGUUUAUCUCCGUCCGCCUUCUCUCCUACCUAAGUGCGUGCCGCCACCCGAUGGAAGAUUCGAUGGACAUGGACAUGAGCCCCCUGAGGCCCCAGAACUAUCUUUUCGGUUGUGAACUAAAGGCCGACAAAGAUUAUCACUUUAAGGUGGAUAAUGAUGAAAAUGAGCACCAGUUAUCUUUAAGAACGGUCAGUUUAGGGGCUGGUGCAAAGGAUGAGUUGCACAUUGUUGAAGCAGAGGCAAUGAAUUACGAAGGCAGUCCAAUUAAAGUAACACUGGCAACUUUGAAAAUGUCUGUACAGCCAACGGUUUCCCUGGGGGGCUUUGAAAUAACACCACCAGUGGUCUUAAGGUUGAAGUGUGGUUCAGGGCCAGUGCAUAUUAGUGGACAGCACUUAGUAGCUGUCGAGGAGGAUGCAGAGUCAGAAGAUGAAGAGGAGGAGGAUGUGAAACUCUUAAGUAUAUCUGGAAAGCGGUCUGCCCCUGGAGGUGGUAGCAAGGUUCCACAGAAAAAAGUAAAACUUGCUGCUGAUGAAGAUGAUGAUGAUGAUGAUGAAGAUGAUGAUGAUGAAGAUGAUGAUGAUGAUGAUUUUGAUGAUGAGGAAGCUGAAGAAAAAGCGCCAGUGAAGAAAUCUAUACGAGAUACUCCAGCCAAAAAUGCACAAAAGUCAAAUCAGAAUGGAAAAGACUCAAAACCAUCAUCAACACCAAGAUCAAAAGGACAAGAAUCCUUCAAAAAACAGGAAAAAACUCCUAAAACACCAAAAGGACCGAGUUCUGUAGAAGACAUUAAAGCAAAAAUGCAAGCAAGUAUAGAAAAAGGUGGUUCUCUUCCCAAAGUGGAAGCCAAGUUCAUCAAUUAUGUGAAGAAUUGCUUCCGGAUGACUGACCAAGAGGUAACUGGAUUUUCUGGGGACAUGAUUAAAUCCAAGUUUUUUGUGAUUUAUUAUGAUUCUGCCUUUACCCUUUUUAAGUGUUGGCUCUUUUUAAAAAGUUCCUAACCACAGAUAAUAUUUCAUUUAAUGAAAUACCUGAAAACUCGUGUAUUAAUGAAAUACAUGAAGAAUACAGUUGGCAGUCUGAGACGACAACUUUAGUAUAUUUUUCCCAGAUUUCCUAUAGUAAAUUAUUUCUUGGUUAUUGAAUUCAGUUUUACUUUUUUGGUACUAUGUUGGUUAAGGAAAUUGCUGUGGUUUUCCUUGCUGCUCCAUUUGACUGCUUGGGGCAGUCUGGUCUUUGCUUUUUUGGGAGUUGGUAGAGAUCAUUUUCUUUUUUUUUUUUCAUAGAUCUUAUGGGAAAUACAUUUUGCCAAAAUCAUCCUAACAUGAAAUCUGGAAGCAAGACACUAAAUUGUGGCUACUACCAGAUACAUAAGCUUGAGUUAGCUGUUAGAUUUUACAGUUAGUACGUGUGAAAGUCUUAGUUAACAUAAAGAUUAUGCAUUUAUUUUUGCUCUUAUUUACACUUGACUCAUAAGUGUAAGAAAAUGUAAAAGUGGUUAAAUAGGGACGUUAGGUAUUGUGUAGAGAACCGAUGCUGCAUUUAAUGGUCUUUAGGUUUCCUGUGGUCAGCUUUUUAAAAAAAAUUAGGAAAAUUUGGCAAUUAGCUGUUUUUUUUUUUUCAGCCAUAGUAUUUAGCACUUCAGUUAUUACACUUUAAUUUUUAGUUUUCGGGUUCGUAAAACCCUGAUAAUGGUUAAUUUUGAGUUUAGCUUUGUGAAAGUUGUAGUGAUGGGCUGUGAUGAUCAGAUUCAGUCUUUUGGUUGCUGUUCUGUCUUUUCUCUACAUUUGAAUCCCAAAGUUUAAAGUGUGAGUUUUGGGAGUUUAUUUGGAAUACUAAACAUUGAUUUGAGCGUAAGUUAUUUUGAAACUCCGCAUUAUGCAACUGUUUAUUUAAUAUUGAAAAUAGUGGAAAGUCAGACAUAAAUAACCAGCAUGUACUAACAGCUAAGCAUAAGAGAUGCAUUCUUCAACUACUGCCAAGGAAAGUGAUGAUAAAUUUAAUGAUUAAGUUGCAGUAGUCUUCUGUACUUUAUAACAAAGGCUUGUAGCUACAAAGUCUUGUAGCUAUUAAAUUACUGAACCAGCACUUCUACCAGAAGUAUUUUCUUUUUAAAAAAAAGUAUUUUUGGCCAGGUUGCUCUUGAACUCCUGGCCUCAGGCGGUCCUCCCAUCUUUUCCUCCCAAAGUGCUAGGAUUACAGGCACGAGCCACCUUGCCCAGCCUACCAGAAGUAUUUUCUUGCUCUAGAAUUGAAAGUGUUUUCAAGUGUCAGAAUGAUAUUUCUGGAAUAGUAAAUGUUUAAUAACUUGAACUUGAAUUACUAUUACAGAGAUUAUCAAAACUAAAUGCUUCCUGUGUUUGACAUAGAGAUGCAAAAUGCAAACAAUGACAAUAUAUUUGUUUGAACCUGAUGAUAAGAAGAUCUCUGCCUGGGUGUGGUAGUUCAUGCCUAUAAUCCCAGCACUUUGGGAGGCAACAUGGCAAAACUCCAUCUCUACUAAAAAUACUAAAUUUAGCUGGGCAUGGUGGCAUGUACCUGUAAUCCCACCUACUCAAGAGGCAGAGGCAGGAGGAUCGCUUGAACCUGGGAGGCAGAGAUUGCAGUGAGCACCACUGCACUCCAGCCUGGGUGGCAGAGUGAGAGUCCAUCUCAGAAAAAAAUAUUUCUGUGAUAUUUAAUAUUGGCAUUCAGUAUUCAGUUACCUUGUACCUGAGAACCCAUUGGCUGUGAAACAGUGACAGCUGAGAGAAUCUUGAGUCAUCUUAUUUCUAGUUCUUGGUGAACUUCUGGACUUUUCUUCAGAACCACCUUGCCAUGUUGGCCAGGCUGGUCUUGAACUCCUGACCUCUCAGGUGAUUUAACACCUUGGCCUCUUAAAGUGCUGGGAUUACAGGCGUGAGCCACCAUGCCUGGCCAGCUGUUUUUUUGUUUGUUUUUUUGUUUUGGUCACCCAUCUGUAGUGUGAUCUUGGCUUACUGCAACCCCUGCCUCUUGGGCUCAGGCAGUCCUCCCACUGCAGCCUCCUGAGUAGCUGGGCCUCCUGUAGUUGCACACCACCAAGCCUGGCUAAUUUUGGAAUUUUUAGUAGACAGGGUUUCACCAUGUUGCCCAGGCUGGUCUCAAAUUCCUGAGCUGAAGUGAUCUGCCCGCCUCAGUCUCCCAAAGUGUAGGGAUUACAGGCGUGAGCCAGCAUGCCUAGCCUCAGCAUAUAGUUUUUUCUAAAUGUACACAUGCCCAGGCACACAUGCACAGGCAAUUCAGAAUCAGUUUUUGGUGUUUAUGUAACUUUAUUUGCCAAAUCUGGCCAACUCUAAAGCUGGUCUCAGGGGAGAUGAAGUUGGAAGUAACAUUGGCCAAAUGGGUCUCUGUUCUUUCUCUUGAUUUCCUUAAGUAAAUAAUGCUAAACUAUUAAAUAAUUAUUAGUAUAUUGUUCACAUUAUUUUUAUGACUGAUCAAAGUGUUUGGAAUUAAAUUACAUCUGAGUAUAAAUUUUCUUGGAGUCAUUUCUUUAGAGUUAAAUUCUCUGGUGGUAGAAUGAAAAAUAGAUGUUGAACUAUGCAAAGAGACAUAUAAUUUAUUGAUGUCUAUGAAGUGUUGUGGUUCCUUAACCACAUUUCUUUUUUUUUUCCAGGCUAUUCAAGAUCUCUGGCAGUGGAGGAAGUCUCUUUAAGAAAAUAGUUUAAACAAUUUGUUAAAAAUUUUCCGUCUUAUUUCAUUUCUGUAACAGUUGAUAUCUGGCUGUCCUUUUUAUAAUGCAGAGUGAGAACUUUCCCUACCGUGUUUGAUAAAUGUUGUCCAGGUUCUAUUGCCAAGAAUGUGUUGUCCAAAAUGCCUGUUUAGUUUUUAAAGAUGGAACUCCACCCUUUGCUUGGUUUUAAGUAUGUAUGGAAUGUUAUGAUAGGACAUAGUAGUAGCGGUGGUCAGACAUGGAAAUGGUGGGGAGACAAAAAUAUACAUGUGAAAUAAAACUCAGUAUUUUAAUAAAGUA